CAGAUCACUUCGCCACCGCCCUCCAUCCCUUCGCCACCGCAGAUCCAUCCUGCCGCCGCCGCCGCUCCAUCCCUCUCUUCCCUCCAAGCUUGUCACCGGCGACGAAGCGUACGGCGCCCUGCGGUCGUGAUCGAUCGCCUCCAGGAACCUACCACGCGCGCCGAGGCGAGGGCCUCGUGGACUCCGUCCGUCGCCGCUUGGCCGAGGACCUCGUGAUGGAUCGAUUAUUUCUCAGCUUGGCGCAUGCCGUACGGCAGCACGCCGCGCGCAGUUUCCUUGGAUUCUAUUCCAUCUCUUCGCGUCCGCUUCCUCUAAUUGUGAGUUUUGGCUGUAAUGCGUUUUACAGAUUCCCAUCUACUGUACUUCCUAUGUAGUGCAUAUCCCGUUCCUCCUUUUACAUGCUUCUCAAAUCAUUCGUUCGUUCGUGCUGGUCAUCCUCCUACAUCUGUCUGUCUCGCUCUCCGAUUGAUUAAUCGUGUUCAUUGGGAUUUAAAAAGAGGAACAUGGAUUUUUGUUGGUGACUUGUAAGCAGCAACAAGAUCUUGUAAUUUCUAAUUUUCUAGCCAUCCACGUGAGUACAGAUCAGGCAAGUACCUCGGGGCAGAGCCCGCGCUGCCAUACCUGAGCCCCUACAUGCGCGGUGAGAACCUGCUCGUCAGCGCCAACUUCGCGUCCACCGGCGUCGGCAUCCUCAACGACACAGGCGUGCAAUUCGUGAACAUCAUCAGGAUCGCCCAGCAGCUGCAGAACUUCCAGGACUACCAGCAGAGGCUAGCGGCGUACGUCGGCGAGGACGCGGCGAGGGAGCGCGUGAGCCAGUCGCUGGUGCUCAUCACGCUUGGCGGCAACGACUUCGUCAACAACUACUACCUGGUGCCCUUCUCCGCUAGGUCCCAGCAGUUCGAGAUCCACGACUACGUCCACUUCAUCAUCUCCGAGUACAAGAAAGUCCUCGCGGGUGAUAUGGAUGAAGGAAAAGAGGCCAGCAGUGCUGGGCUAAACAAUUCAGGGAGGUAUUGGAUUGGCCUCUGUAGAAACUAUGGCACCUAAUCUUGGGCCCCUAGAAGAAGGAAACUCAACAUGCAUGGUUCUCAUUAGAGGCAACCAGACCGUUGUUGAAAAUAUUGAUGAUUCCUGUUGUGUAUUCUCAAGGAAUGGUCAGGUUUAGUACUGUAAGUAUUUUCUUGUUAAAUAUAUUUGGGUGGUGCCCAAAAUGCAGAGGUGAAAAGCAAGAAACAUAAAACUACCUCUGAAGAAAAGUUCACCACGCCUCCGAGAAUGUCACCCUGCUUAGUUGAACGGAAGUUUAAUGAUAUUUAGUUUAAGUGGAAAAUUGAUCAAAUCAGAUCAUCUAACCUUUGUAAACUAGGCAACUGAAUCAUCUCAUCUCGACAAAGUUCAGUACAUGGUGAAGAUAUUAGAGUUUGACUAAUUCUCUUGAAAAAUGAAUCACCUCUCAACUUG